CAGUAAAUACAAGUAUUGAAUAUCUAAUAAAUGUUAUUAUAGAAGACUAUAAGCAUUUUGCAAGUUUUGCUCUGUAAUAUUUUGUUUCUAUUUCUAUCCAUGUUUCCUUAUACGGAAGUCCUGUUGACAUAAUCAUGUCUCUUUAAAUAAAACUGUCUUCCCAUUGGAGAAGUGUCUUGGCAGCUGAAAGCUUUCUCAAAUAUUUUAUCAGGCCUGUCAGUGUCAUAUUUUCCUAGAUGGUUUUCUCAAACAAAAAACAGGAAGCUACUUUUCCCUCAGCAGUCCAACCAUAACAACAGGCUCAAACUAACAAGCUGAGCAUGUUGUAAACAUGAACUUUACACAUCGUAUUUUAAACGAGAUAAAACUAACAUUUUGAAGUGCUAAAACCCUAGUGAAGAUAAAAUAAGACAGGUAUGCACAUGUAUUAACUCAUGGUUAUCAUCAGCCUCAAAGUAAUUAUCACGAGAAUCAUCCUGGUGUAAACCGGCUCCCGGCGUUUCCCCGGGCAACAACAGAAGACUCCCGCCCACUGGGUCUCCCAUUGGCUCAUCUGAUUGUCUGAGGAGAUGAUUGGUUUGCACAGCCGCCAGUCUUGAGAAGCCACAGAAGUAUUUUGACCGUAUCUCGCUUCUAUUCCCUGAGGAAGCCGCCGUUGAAGUGGGAGAGUGAAGUGGGAGAUAAGACGCCUUACAACUGGGCGAGUGCUUUUACAAAGGAACCAAAUUUCAUGAGAUGGCAAAGAACUUCAUAUGCAGGUGAGCUCUUGGCUACUGGCUCAGGUAUUUUUCAAAGGCGUUCGAACCUGCUCCCAGCUAAGACUCUUUGUGUAUAGAGGACCCCACCAUGGAUCCGGCCAAGACCUGCUAUGUGAGGUUAAACGAGAAGCAAGUUAUCACAAAGUCCGAUAUUUUGUCCCUUUUAAAAACCUACAACUGUUACCAUGAGGGGAAAAGUUUCCAGCUUCGCCUUCGAGAGGAAGAGGGCGAGCUGAUCGUGGAAGGUUUACUCAACAUCUCCUGGGGCCUGAGGAGGCCAAUCAGACUCCAAAUGCAAGAUGACAAAGAGUGCUUUCACUAUUCCAGCACAGGAGCGUGUAGGUCGGAGAGCUCAGAGUCCAGCAGGAAUGAAGAUAAUGAACAGAGUCAUUUACACCAGUUUUCUCCAGAGCCUAAUAACAACCAAAUCAGUACCACGUCAAUAAUAGCUGGUGUUGAUGGGUAUGAUGCUGAGGAGGACAUCCCUCAACUUCUGAGGACAAGAAGUGAUGCUAGUUUUGUAAACAUCCAAAGAAGAUCCAAAAUGCACAACUCAGCAGAUUCACAGAGGUUUAAAAGACAUCGCUUUUCCAUCAACGGACAUUUCUACAACCACAAGACAUCUGUUUUUACUCCAUCGUAUGGAUCGAUGACUAACGUCCGAGUGAACAGCACUAGAACAACGCAGCAAGUUCUGAACCUUCUUCUUAAUAAGUUUCGGAUAGAGAACAAGGCUGAUGGUUUUGCCCUCUACCUGAUCCAUGAAUCAGGAGAGAGAACAAAACUAAAAGACACAGAAUACCCUCUGGUGUCUCGUCUGUUGCAUGGUCCAUGUGAGAAAAUCGCCAGAAUAUUUAUUAUGGAAAAGGACCUUGGAGAAGAGAUUACAUAUGAUGUUGCACAAUAUAUAAAGUUUGAAAUGCCUCUUUUGGACAGUUUCAUCAAGAAAUUGAAAGAAGAGGAAGACAGAGAGAUUUUAAAGCUGAGCAGAAAAUACAGUGUCCUGAGGUCCAUGAUAAUUCAAAAAUUAGAUGGCAUCUCUCAGAUGAAUCGUGUGUGAGAAGAUUUGCUGACUGUUUAGGUCAGAAGAAUCUCCUUUCUCCUUGGCCAUCAGCACUGCUAAGAAGUUUUAGAUUUUUGUAACGACUUGAAUAGAAGUUUAAGCUACUUGUGUACACGAUUUUUACUCACAAUUCUCAGGCAUUAUUAAUGUUCUAGAAUGUUAUUUGAUGAUGCACGUAUGCUUCAUGAUUUUAAAAGUUAAGCUUUUUUAUUUUUUGUAAAUUUUUGUAAAACUUAAAACAUAUUGAAUAUAUUCCUCCUAGUUUUUGUCUCCAGUGACAAUGUUUUUAUUUUAAGUUUUAUAAGCUUGUAUAUGAGAAAUGUUUACAUGAUCUUAUAUUGUCGGGUUAUUUCUAUAUACUGUAAUAUUGUGCUGUUAUUUUUCUACAUGCAUGUAUAAUAUAAUAAUAUAUAUCAGUAUGUCAUUACAAUUUAAA